AUGUCUACUACAGCGGCACGCCUUCAAGAGCAGAAUGAGACGGCUCAGUUGGCAGCUGAUUUCAACGAGUUUUACUUGCAAACUACACUGCCCACCAUAUCUCAAAUAGGAAACUAUCGAAUACUUCAAGAAGUUGGAGAAGGUGCAUUUGGCAAAGUCUAUCUUGCUGAGCAUGUUCUACUUCGCUCUCAGGUAGUAUUAAAGUGUGGAUUGUUGGAGGAUCCGAAUAUUGUCAGGGAAAUAUACUAUCACAAGCAACUCCGACAUCGAAACAUUGUGAAGUUGUAUGAGGUUAUCAAAACUGAGACUCAGUUGUGGAUGGUUUUAGAAUACUGUGAAGGGAAUGAGCUAUAUUACCAUAUAUAUGAAAAGCGGCGCCUAGAUAUGGAUUCUUGCAAAAAUCUAUUUUAUCAAAUUGUGGAGGCCAUACGAUAUGUUCACUCGCUUAACUUAUCACACCGCGAUUUGAAAUUAGAGAAUAUCUUGAUGGCCGAUCAGGAAAAGACCGUAAUCAAGCUCACAGAUUUUGGGUUUGUGAGAGAGUUUAAUCCUUAUAAGCGUUCAUUUUUGUCUACAAUGUGUGGUACAACUUCCUAUAUGGCCCCUGAGGUUCUCAAGAAUGAAAAGUACUCUGGGUUUGCAAUUGAUAUUUGGUCAAUGGGAGUGAUUCUCUAUGCUAUGGUUUAUGGUCAAUUACCUUUUGAUGAGGACGAUGAAAUGAGGACAAAAUUGAAAAUCAUAAGCACAGAGCCUACA